AUUUGUACAUUUUGGCGCACACACCCGAUAGCGCUACAUUCUGCAAUCUGGUAGCUCAUUCUUUUAGGCCUGUUAUUUUCACAAGUGAUUCUAUAUGCUUUUAAUUCCUAUUUUAUCUUCUUGGAUAUAGGAAUUAGUCGUUUAUGAUGUUUGAUGGGAUUGGGUAAUUGUUUUUGAAAAAUAGUUGGCAACGUGCUGUUUAAGCAUGCUUAACGUACUGCAUUUUUAGAUCACGGUUACUAAAUGGCGUGAAAAGAACUAUGGACGCCAUAGUUGUUUUGUGUCAUUUCUGUGAACAACAUGGUCCAUCAGUAAUAAUGUGUACCCAGUCAUUUAAACAAUCACAGUCAAAUUUAUCUGUAAAUAAUGUACCCGAUGUUACUACUGCCAAUGCUAAUAAUAGUAACAAAGAUGUAAACACAUAUCAAAGAAAAUUAUCUAAUCAUGCUCUACAAAGUAGCGAAGAUGCAAUUUUUACUGGGAUAGAUGUUCCACCUAUUCCUUUACCAUCUUCAUGUAUGUAGUUUUGUUGCUUAUGUGUUUUUGUUUUUUUCUGCCUGUAAUGGGAGGUUUUAAAUCUGAUAUAAUUAGUUUGUCACUUCAGGUUGAAGAGUAAUAAUAAAUUUAAAUACAAUUUUUGAUAUGAUUACUUGUUUAUUUACUAGUGAUUUACUAUUUUAGUCUAUCUCGUCAUUCAUGUGUUACGCGUGUCUAAUCACCGACAACCUGGACAUUCAAUGCUGGUUGAGAUAGGAAUCAGUCCAAAGAGAAGUAGGAGUGGGCGAACUAAGACGUAGUAACAAUCCAUGAAUUCAUUGGCUGCUGAACUGAACUUUAUGAGUACAUCCAGACUAUCUGGUUGGGGUCUGCACGAUGUGGUUUCAGAUAUUACAUGAUGUGUAUGAAAAGCGGUUACAGUAAGGAAGAUGCAUUUGUUCUUUAUCUGCCCUUAAUUCUUGAGCUUCAAUAUUAGUCCGUAUUUUUUAUUCUUUGAAUUUUCCUCUUUCCGAACUUGACGAGUUUCGUUUGGUUGAUGUUCCAACACUUCACGUCAGUACAUUGAUGGACUACCAGCAAAGCGAGAAACAUAGGAUGGGACUUAUUGUCAACGACUGUUCGAAUGUAAACGUGAAAAGCACACUUCGAAAGAGACCAAUGUCAUGGAAUGAGGGAAAGUAGAAAAAUUAUACUCAAGUCAAUUAUGGAGACUAAAUGCAACUGCGCCACUGACCAGUGCCGAAUCAUAUCGCAACGUUGGUGGUUAUGAUUGUGUAAAAAAUGUUCUCAUAACUUUGGUCGUUAAAUGUUUAUAGUCAUCAGCGAGAUUGCUCUUUCUACCGAGCAGCUUAUUGUGGUAUACCUCGGGAUUACUCACUGAUGGUCCAGAUGUUAGAACAGUGCAUCGAAGGUGCCUGUGAUCAAAUACUUACAACUUGUGUCUUCUACUUACAUAGGUCAUGUUUCAUACACAUACAGUAAGACAGUGGUAGUUAUUUGUCGUCAAAAGUGUUUUUAUUCUUCUUGAUGACCAUAUCCCAUUGGUUGACUGUCUUCGUGUGCGUCGUUUACGCCCAAUGUACAAUCGUAUCCAACACUACAUUGGAUUAGAAAUGUUGUGGAGGCUAUCGAGCGAUGUAUUGCCAAGCUAUGAAGUCACUGACCUUCAUAUUAACUUGUGUCGGUGGGUGCAGACGUUCUAGUUGAGGUCCGCACAAUGAUCAUACUCAAAGGGUAGUUACCUUAGGUAAUGGCAUGGCUGAAAACCUUGUUAAAGUAGCCUUGAUCAAUCUUUAGUUUUAAUGUUACUUCACUUUUUAUGUUUGGUUGUCUACCAAUGCUUUCAUUUUGACUGAUCACCUAGCUGAUAUCAGUUCGUGUUGCAAAUCACUUUCGAACUAUCCAACUAUUUGUUACAUAUUAUUUUAUUUUCUAAACAAUAGCAUCGAGAUUCUCAGUGAUGUCAUCAAACAUUACUCAACAGCAACAACAAUCACAUCCAGCUUGUAAAGCAUGCUCAUCUAUCUUGUUACGUGAUGAACUAGGAAUAAUUAGCUAUGAUCAUUCUGCCAAUCUUUCAUAUAUUUCUACGCAAUUUCCAAAAGACACGGAUUUAAGUACACAUGUUCGAAAUGCAUGCUUGCGAAGUCUUUCUAGUGAGGUUUGCCCAGGUCAAGUCGGUGCAUUUUACUUUGGUGAUGAAAUAAAUGGUCAUGUUUUUAGUUAUAAUUUCCCUUUGAAUGAUUCACGUGCGCGUGGUAAUCAAAGUCGUUUCAGUAUUUUGGUGUUAUCAUGGGAUAAGAUAUACCUACUAAAUAUAUGGUCAUUUUUGAUAUCGAAUAUAUCACGUAUGGUUUCUCGUCUACGUCUAGCAGCCAAUCGUGUAUACAGUGAUGAGACUUCAGAUAAUACAACUGCUGCUGUUGUCAAUACAAUGACUCAUUCAAAUCCACAGAAGCCGAUAGCUCCAUUGAGAAGAUGUGCUACACCUCCAGCUUCGUUAGCUCCUAAUCUUUACAAACAGGCUAUUGCAGCAGGUAAUGCUGUUACGGCAGGAUACGGUUUAUACAGUAAUGCAACAUUAGGAAGAGAAACAAAACAGAAAAGAGCUACCGACUCAGAUAUGCGUUCACUGGCUGAUUUAACAAAAGAUGAUCAAAUAUUCUAUCGUCUACAUGCUUGGUUCACAUGGUUACUUCGUGCCGGUGGUCGUCGAUGGAGUAUAGUUCCUCCUGCUAUUGCACCUCCAGUUGAUGAAGAUUCAAUUGUAUCUCAGGAAGAAUAUGAAGCUUAUAUUUCAGCUGGUCUUGAAUGUUUAACAACAUCUAGUUCAAGAAAUGCUGCUGCCGCUGCCAAUGCUAACACUUUUAAUUUGCCUGGUCAUAAACUUGGUCAUAGUAUGAGUUGUAUUAGUCAAUCAAGUGGUUCUACAAUAUUAUCAAAAUCAAUAAAUCAUUCAACAACCAAUGGUACAAGAGAUUCGAUUGAAGCAGCUAAUAACAAAAAAAUAUCGCUGUAUUUAAACAAUAUGUCAGUAGAAAUGGCGAAUUCCACGUCUUUCAUGAUCUUGUCCAGACUACUUACUGUACUUGGUGUCAACCCAUUUAGUCGAUUAGUUCAGCAUAUAGCUGUUGGAAAUCAAUUGGUUGUACAAUCAUUAACCGAAGAUAUACACUCUACACUGACAUUGUCUGCAUUAGCUAAACUAUUACCUAAAGGAUGUAUUAGACAGGUAAUAGCAAGUCAUGAAUAUGUGGCACCAUUUCGUUGUAAUCUUUUAAGUUUAACAAGUAAUUUAUUAAUGUUAGAAGAAGAUGUAAAUAUGGCUAAAGAUGUUCUUUAUUUAGCUGUUUAUCGUUGUGAAUGUAAAUCAUCAUCGUCAUCAUCAUCUUCAUUAAAUGAAACAACAAUAAUCUCUAAUGAAAGUAGUGAAGAAUCUUUUCUACAAUCAUAUGUCAAUUCUUUAAAUUUUAAAUUAUGUUCAACAAUUCCAUCAUUUGAUUCAGAAUUAAUUUUAUAUAAAAAAUCAUUACCUUGUCGUUAUUAUUCUACUACUACUACUAAUAAUAAUAAUAAUAAUCAUCCAUCUAUUACUACAAUUUCUCGUCAAUUUUUAACUAAUAAUAGUGGACGUAUUACAAUAUCUAAUUAUGUACAACAAAUUAUUAAAUUAUUUCAUAUGAAUCCACCAUUAUCAAUGGAUGUUUAUACAAUUGCUUUAUCUACAAUACAACAUGAAUGGAUACAUCGUGCACGUUUAUUAUAUUCAUUUAAACGUUGUCAAGGAUCAUCUUUGAGCGGUGAGGAAGCAACUCGUCGUUGGACUAAUGUACUCGCUUCAAUCAAUUGUCAAUCAGCGGAAAAUGCAGCUGUGGCAAGAUUUUGGCAAGGUGCUUUAAGUCAAUACUCUCGUAAUAAUAUAUGUCACUUACGUAAAUGUCCAACCGCUACCAAUUCAACGAAUACAUCAAGACGUGGUUCAUUUAGCUCGAGUAAUGCCGAUUUAAAUGCUGCUGUUUUAGCAGCUGCGACAAAUUAUCAAUCGGUUCCAUUAAAUGAUUAGUUAUCUGUAUUGCUUUCAUUUUUCUUUAUUUUUUUCUUAUCUUUGUUCUUUUAUAUUUUGUAAAUUUUCGUUUACUUGUGUUUUUGUUUCUUUUGUUGUGAUUGUUAAUUCGUUUCACUUUCUCUUCAACAUCAUCAUAAUUCAAAUGUGAAAUUGUAGGUCAAAUUUUCUUGUUCCUUUACAUCAUCAUCACAAUUAUUACGCUGUAAAUAAGUUAUCUAUCUAGUUUUCUUACUCCGGUAUAAUCCAUAAUAAUAAUCAUGAUGAUGAUGGUGCUGUUGCUUAUUCGCUUAAUGAGAUAAAAUGUUUAUUUAUUAUUGUUUCACUAAACCGUCUAAUUGUACCGGUGUAUAAAUAUCUUUAUAUAUCAAGCUUUAAGAAGUGAAUAUAUCACUUUCUUACCAAUCUGUCAUUGUACUAAAAAAUAUUCCCCAUAUAACUUACAUAUGAUCAAUCUGACUAAUAGUGAUCGCUUAUAUUUGUAUUAUCAAUAUUACUGUAUAUAAUUCACUAUGUUAUUGAUUGAUCAGUUGUGAUCAUCAUUUUGAUGAUCAUUAUAAAAAGCAAAUGUUAUACUUAAUCUUGUUUUAUUUAGCUUCAUAUAUAUGAGUUAUUAUGGAUUCAUGUAUUUUUGUUUGAUAACAACAACUUUACCAGUGUAUAUUUCAUUCAUCUAUAGGUACCAUGAUGAGAUAGAUGUGUGAUUUACCAUUUCACUAUAUAUAAAAUAUCAUCAUUUUUAUCUUAUUUUUGAAGAUUGUAUUUUAGAAGACUUCAAAUAUAAUUUCAAGAUUAUGAGGUUUUGAUUGUCCCUCACGUUUUAAUCAUUAUUAUUAUAUGUACCUAAUUUUUUCUAUUGAUAAACUUGGAACGUUUUAUUAAAUUGAAUAUCUGCCAUAUUUAUCACACU